ACUCUUUCGGAAUCUGAAGUGAUCGUCGGAACUUUUUUGUUUUUCUCAGUUUCGAGAUUCGGAGGAGAUCUGCAAAGGAGAAGAUGAUCGUUUGCGUCGCCGUCGUCGGUCACCAGAACAAUCCGCUUUACAUACAGAGCUUCACGGAUGCUGACGAUGCCCUCAAGCUCCACCACAUCGUUCAUUGCUCCCUCGAUGUCAUCGAAGAGCGAGUGAACAAUCCCAAAAGGUCUGGUACGACUCUGAACGAGGCUUUUCUUGGCCUGCUCUAUCCUACUGUGAACUACAAAGUCUAUGGUUACUUGACUAAUACCAAAGUUAAAUUUAUAUUGGUCACUACUGAUUUGGAUGUUAGAGACACCGAUGUGAGAAGUUUCUUCAGGAAGUUUCAUGCUGCCUACGUGGAUGCAGUGUCGAACCCAUUUCAUGUCCCUGGCAAAAAGAUAACCUCAAGAACCUUUGCACAAACUGUAAGCAACAUCGUUGGAUCAUACGGUUUAAACUGACCCUCUUAUCAGUUGCAUUUUGUACCUCAAACUUGUGUUUUACGGAGCAUUGAGGAAGUCUCAUUUCUUUAUCAUCAUAAGUUGUUAAUAUCCACACUGAGAUUGCUGUAAGAUGACUUGUUGGCUCACAUGUUACCUUGUUACUCGACGAGUUCCUCUCAACUUGUUUCGAA